UAGCUCAAGAGAAACAUCCGAGUUAAAAGAGAAAUCAAGGCUCUUUACUGAAACAUUACUUUACUCACUUUAUUACUUAUUUUUGUAAAAACCAUAGGUUUUUGUUUUUCAUUGUUCAUAUUAUUGAGUUACUGAGAUGGGAAUUCGAUUGGCGUGGGCAGAUAAUGAUGCAAAAAAUGGUUUGGAAUGGGCUCCACCAAUUAGAGUUAUAGCAGUCGUUACAUUAUUGGCAUCAACACUGGAUGUGUUGGCUGAUCUUCUUGUUUGUAACAGAAUUGCAGAAUACCUUGGAAAUUUUCAAAGUCAAACAGCGAUAUACGCCGCAUAUGGCUACUUCUUUUUCACUGGAAUCAGUCUUUUCGUUUACUUAUUCGAAAUGAUCGACGUUUGUAAAACCUUAAAAUACGACGAGGAGAACGUUUUCUACGCUCGAUUGGCAAAGUCACUGGUUCUUGCUCUUGAAGAAGUUCCUCUCCCCUCACUGAUGAAUUUACUCUUCACAAAUGAACCACGCCUAUCACUCGCCUCUCCCGUAUAUUUUUCUUCUUGGAUUAAACUUGUAGCCCUUACGUGGGGACUCGUCAAAUUCACAAAACUACGAUUCUUUUGGCCAUGUCUCCCCUUAAAUCCGAAACAUGACGCAAAAGAAAACGUUCGUCGCUGUUUCACAUUUACGGCAUACCGUAUUUGCAUGGUGAUUGUCAACAUUUGUCAUAUUCUUGCAAUUUAUAUUGUCAUCAAGAACAUUAUUGCGACAGGAUCCGGCGGGAGACAAAUUGACGUUAAAGAGCAAAGAUUAUAGAUGUUUUGAAAGUAGAUUUUAAAAUAUUCGUUUUGUAAACCGGUUCCAAUUUUUGAUUACAGGUUAAUUAGUUCUGAUUGUACUUGGGUGUGGUGACUUUUUAAACACAUCUUUAAUAAAAUAUUUUUUAUAUAAAAA